AGAAUCUUCCCACUGUAACUCAUCUGAACUUAUAUCUCCCAUCAACAUGUCCUACAACUGCAGCUCUGGAAACUUCUCUUCCCGCUCCUUUGGAGGCUGUCUGAGUUACCCAGGCUCCUCCAGUGGCUCUUCCUACCCCAGCAACCUGGUCUACAGCAGUAACCUCUGCUCUCCCAGUACCUACCAGCUGGGCUCCUCUCCCUACAGUGGCUGCCAGGAGACCUGCUGUGAGCCCACCAGCUGCCAGACGUCCUAUGUGGUGUCCAGCCCCUGCCAGACAUCCUGCUACCGCCCCAGGACCUCCUUGCUGUGCAGUCCCUGCCAGACAACUUGCUCUGGGUCUCUGGGCUUUGGGUCUGGCAGCUGCCACUCCCUGGGCUGUGGACCUAGGAUCGUCUCCUCACUGGGCUGUGGAUCCAGUGGCUUCAGACCCCUGGGUUAUGGAAGCAGUGGCUUCUCUUCCCUGGGCUAUGGAUCCGGAUUCUGUCGUCCAACCUACUUGGCUUCUAGGACCUGCCAGUCUUCUUGUUACAGGCCAACCUACGGAUCAACCUUCUGCAGACCAACUUGCUGAAUUUCCAGACCUUUUAAGCAAAAUGUCUCAGUCUCUACUUGGAGCUGAUAUCAUAGGCAUUUCCAGCAAUAUUAGCUGACCCCUUUCACUACUACCUCUUCAUUCUUUCUCUGCCAUUAAGCACCAGCUAACAGACCAGUUCUUUCAGACCAAAAUAUAGAGUCAAAUGUCUGUAAUUUUGAAACAAGUGAUUCAUGAUAAGAUAAAUUCUUCUUACAAAGUGUAUGGAAGUUUAAUUUUGUUUGUCCUAAUAAAUACAUUUA